AUGCGGACUUCGCGCCGCGCGUCGCCCUCGCCGGCCGCGCAGGCAUGGGAGGCCAGCGCCCCGCCAGCGGCUGCUGGCGCCGCAGGCGGCAGCGUGGUGCCGCUUGCUGAGCGGUUCGCUGCGGCAUCCACAGCCACUGCGUAUCACCGCGCCACUUCUUCUUUUGUCAUGUCUCAUCCCUCCCUCCGCGCCGUCGCGGACUCCACUGACCGUGCCCUGUACGUGCAGGCGGGCGACGGCCCUUCCCUGGCGCUCGGGGAGACCCCGAAACGACUACACAGUGUGGACUACGGCGACUGCAGCGACUGCGGCGACGCCGCGCUGGACCGAGGCGCCUUCGCUCCGGGCCGCUCGACGUCUCUCCCUGCGGUUCACAGCCGACUGCCUCCGCCUGCGAUUCUGCCCCAGGCCGAGGCGGACCCGUCGCCAAGGAACGCCGCGUACUCCGCGCUGCCCUUCGUCAAAUGGACGCCGCUCGGGAACAGCUUCGGAGACGACCCGCUGCCCUGCCAAACCGGCUUUGAGUUCUCACGGCCGCUCCCAAAGGGCGUCCCCUCGAAGCUUCUGGCGGCCCAGGCGCAGUCCCCGGAUCUCGCCGGCGCGCCGCGGUCCCGCGACUCGCCGCAGAGACUGGCAACAGCCGUGCCGAGGUCUGUGGAGGCGCUGCCGUCUGCCGCCGAGCUACAGGACUCGCGGCCCGCGUCGCCCCUGCUCUCGCGCACCGCCUCGCUGCCGCUGGAGCGGCGGCGUGAGGCGGGAGCGAAAGGCCGACGACCGCUGAUUCGAGGCUUCACGGCGAAGGUGCAGACGGGCCCUGUGUUCCGGUGUACGUACUGCGGCGAGCGGCUGCGGACACACAAGCACUUCAUCCAAGUCUGGCCAGAGUUCAUCAUGUGCACGCCGUGUGCCGCGUGCCCGCCGUGCAACACCUGCCACCGCAAGGCAUUCGACGCCAUCGUGGAGCUCGGCGAGGGCACGAAGUCCUUCCUCUGCCCCCUCGCAGAGGAGGAGGGCGGCCUCAGGCUGUGCGGCCACUGCGCGCUGCUCUACCCAGUCAGGACGCGGCGCGACCUCGCCGAAGCCACGGCGGCGUCUCUCGACUGGCUCGAGGACAAGGGCCUCAUGUUCACAGACGACCUGCUAAAGUACCAGCGGACGGAGGCGGUGGGGAAGAUGCUAUGGCGCCUCGACAGCCGGCCGUCCUCGCCGCAGGCAGGCCUAGCCUCCGCCUCCCCGCAUCGCCCGCUCGGGGGUAAGCACGACGCGCGCAUCUUCAUUCGGUCCGAGGAGAGGCUGCCCAGCGCGGCCUGGAUCGAGAAGGACCCGCCCUUUGAACCCGAGGCUGGAGACCCCGCGCGGCCGCGGACGCCCCCCUCGCUAGCGUCGCAGCGCUCGUUGACGAUUCCAGUCGAAGGCGUCAGUUUCGCCGCGCUGAACCCGACGUCGGCGACCAACAUCUACGGGCGCUGCGAGACCGAAAAGGUGUUUGUGGAGACGCCCGCGCCGAUGGGCCGAAGCGCCUCCGUCCCGGCGCGUCUCGUGCGGCGCGUCGGCGUCGUGCAAGGCCUGCCGCAAACGUUUUUCCUGAGUCACCUCACCCACGAGCUCCUGCAUGCCUUUCUCUGGUGUCGCCAGCCGGAGGAAGGCAGCUUGAAGCUGGACGUGGAGGAAGGGAUGUGCAACUCGGUCUCCGCGUCGAUUUUCCAAGACCGCCUGCUCGCCAUUGACCGCCGAGAAGCGGCGCUGCUCGCCGGAGAGACAGCCGCCCCGCCGGGUGUACGUACACCUCUCCAGAACCCGGUCUUCGCCGAGUUGGCACCCGGGUCGCCCGCGGCUGUCGAGUUGGAGAAGCUUCUGCUGGACUUUGAGCGGCGGGUGAUUGCAACUCGGCUAGGCGAUAUGGAGCGCGACGACCAUGCAUGCUACGGCAAGGGCUACCGCGCCAUGCGCGACGUGAUUUCCGCCAUCGGGCUCCCUCGAACCGUGGAACUCACGCGAAUAUACGGCCACAGUCUCGACGAAUUGGUCGCGGCUGCAGGCCGACUCUUGGAGUCGGAGAGGCAUCGACGAGCUGACGAGAGAGACAUGCGACGCAGCCGCGACGUCUCAGCAGGCCGCGGAAAUCGGAAAGGCGGAGGAAGCAAGGCAAACGGACCGCGAGGCAACGAGAAAUGGACAGAUUUCGUUGCCGUUGGAGCGUGA